AUGCCUGACAGUCUCAAGGCGAUUCUAGUCGAUGAUUGGGAGAAGGUAACCAGAGAGAACAGACUGGUUCCGCUUCCUUCGAAAACCCCAGUAGCACAAUUCCUUGCAGACUACUCUGCAUCCGAAGGCGCCAAGCGCAGAGAAGGCAGCGCCGAAGCAGACAUCCUUGAAGAGGUGAUUGCCGGUGUCAAGGAGUACUUCAACAAGAGCAUCGGUCGCAUCUUGCUAUACCGUUUUGAACGUCCUCAGUGGUCCGACAUCCAUGCUCAGCUCAACAAGGGCACUGGAGACUUGACCGGCAAACUCCCCACUGACAUCUACGGAGUAGAACACCUGUGCCGUCUGUUUGGUUAG